AUGUCCGAAUCCGAAGCUUCAAAUGUGGGGAUCUCAGAGGUGGUCGGAAACUCUCAUAACCACGACGAACGGACCACUGUGAAACCUAAACCAAAACAGAUUCAAUUGACGUUUAACGACUUUAACAACAUUAGGACAGCAGCGAACCCACCAGAAAGUCAGCCUGGAAAUGCGGGCGAAGUUUUGGAGCCUGGUCGGCGCAGAUCUCGCCGAGUGGUUCCCAAACGGCCAGUAGAAGUAGACGAAGAAGAGCCUAUUAGAAGCACGCCGAAGAAGAAGAAAAAGCCAGUUGGUAAAUCCAAGGAUCACAACAUCAACCGGGAGGCAGUUCGUGAGCGUGCCAGAAAACUGCAGUUAAUCGGCAAUCCAGAGCCUGCGUUGACAGAAGAAAAUUGGUCACCAAACGUUCCGCUCCAGUCCACAGAUUUCAAAAACCAUUUCAGCAUCGUCUCAAGAUUUAGAUCUCCAAACUUGAAAAAUGUGGUAUAUGCCAAAGAUAUCCUGCCCAUCAUGACAUUCGUCAAUAAGUUCAGCUCAUUUUUGCCGCGAGAACUAUGGUCUUUAUCGUUCCAGGAUUUCGAAGUGGGUCUUGAUCUCUACCCAGACAACGAAAAAGAUGCCCCACGCAAGCUUUACCAGGACUACAUGCCAAUCAAAACGGUAGUAAGAUGCCAGGACAAGAUGAAUCUACUUUUUCUAGCGCUUUUGAAGCUGGCACUAAACAACAACAAGGCUACCACCAUGGACGAGAUUAAAGAACCCAAAGCAUACUCAAAGUUUGUAAGCCAAUUGCGCACCAAUGCAUGGUCUUGGGGCUACCCGAAGCAAUGGAAAAUAGAAGUUGGAACCUCAGAUGCCAAGGUCUUUCCCGAAGAUGACACAGAGCCUGUAGAUCCCAAAGAGCCUGAAAUCCUGAUUCCUAAUAUAGUGGCGUGGCCCAAGCAAUAUGCCAUCGAAAAUGAUCCUUUACUCAACCCGGACUUGGAAAAACGUGGUAUCUUACCUUUGAUGCCGAAAGACAGAAUAAUCCUGUUAAAAGCGCUAGUCCAGUGGGUUCUUGCUCAAUCCGACAAAGUACACCAAGAAAUAUAUCGCUUGACCCAUCUUAAAAGAGAUGAGCCAUAUGGUGUUCCAACCUAUCAUGUAUCGAGGCUCUUCGCAGAUGGCGAAACUGCCACGAAGGCUCGAUUCAAACGACUCUGUGAAUUAGUGCAAGCAAGACUGGAAAUUAAAAGCGGUAGAAAGCAUGUUAAGAAGCAACUAGAGAACGGCAAGCGUAACGAUCUUUUCGAAAAGCUUAAGAUCAUUUCAAAUAUUCAACGCGAUAGAGAUACAGUUUCAGUUGAUGAAAAUGAAGGAGAACCCAAGCCUGCGGCAGAUUCUUUUGACGAAGAGUUCGAGGACUGGUGCGAGGUGAUUGAAGGUGAAAUGCCGGAUCACCCAAUGUCUUCUCCCUUCCAGGAUGAGAUCUUUAAAAUGAGGGCUCUGGAAUUUUUCAUUGGGAGAGUGCCUCAUGUUGGCGACUUUUACAUUCCAAGGCUACACACCUACCAGAGGGCAAGCAAAGUUGCAAUUCCAACAACAUACACAGACCCGAAAACUUUAAAGAAGACACUUGAGGCAUUCUCUAACAACGAGAUGGAUGCAUUGACGUUAUUCAGCGCGAAUGGGAAGCUUAUGAGCUCUCGGUUCAAGGUUUUUUACCACGACUCCCCAAGCAUGAUCAGAGAUGUGGCCAGCCAAGUUGACACAUCGACGAAGACCUAUUGGUAUGAGGUUUGCCAUGACUGUGCCACUCUGCGUGAGUUCAUUACUUUGCUGGAUUACAAGCUAAGUAUCCUGGAGACCGCAGGGAAUGAGCCUGCAAACAAGGGCAUAAUGAACAAGAACCCUCUGCCCAAAGAGUCAAAAUUCAACGCUUCAAGAGAAAAGUUAGGAUUGGUAAAGGACUAUCUGUUAAAAAUGCUCCCCCUUUUGGAAACUUUUGAGGAGCUUGACGCGAAAUAUGACGAUAUGGUGGCUAAUGUGAGGACUUUACGAAGAUCACAGAGAAACCGUCAUCCAUCUUCCCAAGAUGAAGAUGGUUUAAGUGAUAACUCAGGUAGCGAAGCUUCUCUAGAAAAUGGUCAGCAACACACCGAGUAUUCUGGGGACGAGUCCGUCUUUGAAGACUUUAAUGAUUCGCUCGACGAACAGACCAAAGGCGAAUCAGACGUCGACAGCGCUGGCGACGACGAAAACUAUACACUGAACGGCUACAAAUCCACUCGUGACUCUCAAAGAACAAAAACUAGAUCAGGAGGCGUUAAUACCUCUGCUAAAGAGAAGCUUGCCGCUAGAGGCAAAGGUUCUACUAGAGGCAGAGGCAGCGGAAGAGGAAGGGGCCGCGGUGGUGGUAGAGGUCGAGGACGAGGAAGGGGGAGAGGUAGAGGAAGAUGA